AAUAUAGCCCUUUCCCAAAACAUGAGUUAUGUCCCUUGUCACACCGCUCUCUAAAAUCUAUUGCGCAUGUCCUGAAGUAGUGUCAUUCAUUUCCGGGAAGUGUCACUGCUGUGUAUUACCCACGUUAGGCUUACUAGCACAGCAAGAUUUCCAGCUAAACACACUGUUUGUAAUGUAACGAUAGAAUGCCAACCAACCAACGUUACUGCUGCAUAUGCAGCAACCAUUCUAGUAAAUGGGACGGUGACAGAAAAAUCAAGUUACACAGAUUUCCAUCCGACUUGAAACUCCGAAAGAUAUGGAUACAGCGAUGCCGAUUGGUGCGAAAAGACUUUAACUUCAAAAGUUACGACAGUACGAGGAUUUGUUCGGAUCAUUUUGUGGGGAAAUCGGGGCCAACUCAUAAGCACACUGUACCAUCGCUGUUUCCGACCAAGACUUUUCAAACUUCGGAUUUGGACUGUAGUAUUGAGGCAUGUUCAGCUAUUGUGAACACAUCAGUUCCAGAAGUUCAUGAAACAACACAAAUCCGCCUGACAGAGGAUGAAGCUAUAGAAACAUGUGCACCAAAUGAAUUGCUGGAUUUGGAACUUUCACGCGGGAGUGAUGACUUUGUUAGUGAAAGCGUUUCAUUUGAUGCUAAUUCAAGCAGACUUGAUAAUUCAUUACUCUUUAAUGAUUACUGUGGCAAUGUUCUGGGAUCCCAUAUUUCUAGUUCUCGGAACCAAUCCUCCCAAACAUCAGCAUGUGCUGUAAGUGUUUCCACUCAGACAGAUUCUGCACAUAUAGUAUCAGCUCAAGUGGGAACACAAACCUCAACGAAAACAUAUAACAGUGUUGGAACACAAGUUGACAGACCAACUCUCACAUAUGAGGAUGUGAAACGAUCCAAUGAGGAUAUUAUGUUUUAUACUGGGAUUCCAGAUGCAGAUUCCUUUGAAGCCUUGUUCGACGAGUUUAAGGAUGACCCUCAACUUAAGGGAAACAAAGUUAGUGGAAGACCUAGUACAUUACGUUUGAUAGACGAAUUUUUCCUAGUUUUGAUGAGGUUAAGGUUAUGUCUUGUUUUAGAGGAUUUGGCCUAUCGCUUCAAGACCUCAACAUCAUCAUGUAGUAGGAUUUUCAAUAAAUGGAUUGAUUACUUGAAUGUUCAGCUUUCCUUUCUGAUUGAGUGGCAGGACCGAAAGAAAAUUGAUUUGACAAUGCCAAAUUCAUUUAAGUCAAAGUACCCAAAUUGCCGUGUCAUCAUAGACUGUACCGAGAUCAGAACAGAAACACCGAGCUCUUUACAGCUGAGAUCAAUGCUUUACAGUGACUACAAGUCUCAUAUGACUUACAAGUCAUUGGUGGGAAUAAGUCCUAACGGUGUCGUAACUUUUGUGUCAGACCUAUAUAAUGGUAGCAUAUCGGACAAACAGAUAACCAAACUAAGUGGCCUAGUAGACUUGUGUGAGUGUGGUGAUGCCAUUAUGGCAGACAAAGGUUUCUUAAUUUCUGAUCUCACAACACCGAAAGGAGUGCAAAUGAUUAUUCCGCCAUUCAAAAAGAAAAGGAAACAACUGACAAGACGUGAAGUACAGGAAACAAGACAAAUAGCAAAUUUAAGGAUUCAUGUGGAAAGGCAAAUGGAGAGGAUAAAAAACUUUAGAAUAUUACAGACAAACAUUCCAAUUACAAUGGCACCACAAGCUUCAACCAUUUGGAAAGUUUGCGUGAAACUAACUAACCUUCAACCACCGCUGAUUAAAAAGAAAUGAGACUCAUGUUAUAUCAAUCUGUGAAUUUUAUUUGACAUUUCUACAAUGCAGUACUAGCUCAUGAUCAUUAUUAAAAUAUAUUGGAUGUUAUUGAGACUACUUUUUACUUAUGAAGGCAUAUGACAUUUAAAACUACCAGCAUAUAUAUAUAUUGUAUUAAAAGGAAUAUUCUGCACAAUUUCUGACUUUGUGUAUUGAAGUACAUAGUGUAUACAAGUUAUAUAUGUUUUGUGUAAAUUUCAUACAAUUUACAUUUUGAGUAGCAUACAUAUAUAUAUACAAGCUUUAGAGUAGAACAACAUGAUGUACAUGUAAUCAUAUAUAUGACUUUAAAUUAGAAAUACAUGUUGCUUGUUGUUGGUUUUAACUAACAAUAAUUAUAUAACUAUUUCAUAUUUUCACACUUUUGGUGUGCCCUUUUAUUUCUAUUCAGUAAAUUUAUUUUAAAGGAAGACCUAGCAUACAAAAGUCUGUAUACAGUGUACUAUGUAUGGUGGUUGAUUGAGUAAAAAGUAUAUAAAGGUAAAGUCUCACCACUCUAUUUCGUUAUUUUCAUUUUGUCUGCCAUGUUACAGAGCAGUUUUAGACAAGUAGUUUUUUAAGGCCUAUAUAAACAUAUGUAUUAUAUUUAUGUAUUGAGCUUUCUUUUGAAUUUGUUACAAAGUAAAUAUGUCAUAUUUUGUUUGAAUGUAAAUUACUUAACUUAUUCUAAGAGGUGUGUGUUUGUGUAGUCUUGGAGAGCUGUGAGAUUGAUAAUGUGAAAGCAUGUUGUUGAAGUGAAAGAUCUUAUAUCUGUAGACUAGUGCUUUAAUUAUAUUGAUUCAAUAGAGAAAGAGUUGAUUAAAAUAUUCCAAGAGGUGUGUGUUUGUGUAGUCUUGUAGACUAGUGCUUUAAUCUUUUACUGGUCAGAGAGAGUGCAAUAUAUUGAUUCAAUAGAGAAAGAGUUGAUUAAAAUAUUGUUGUAAGGUAAUGUUUUCAUUGAUGCACUGUUAAUAAAUUUAAUUUUAUUGUUA